AUGGAUCGGCCUGUUGGUAUGGGCGGUCACUUCACCAAUGUAUUCAAAGACGACAAGUGGCUGCAAUGGCGCCUGGUGCCCUUCAUCUUGAUCUGGGCUGCGUUUGCGGUCUUAUUGCUAGUACGCAUUUUCCUGCCCUUACACUCUACUCCUAGUGUCCGACCAACUGACUUGGGAUUUCCUGUGGGUAUUCAGAUUUGGAUAUUCGUAACGCUCUUCGUCCCCAACCCGCGCAAACCCCGCCCAUCUGAGAAGACAUUCACGACGGUCGACAGGACGGGCGACGUGACAGACCCAGAACCGUUGCCGUGUUGGUACGAUGAAGCUCUACGGAAAUAUGUCAAGGCGAGGCAAGAGGAUCCAGACAAAGAAAUCGACAUUGAGAAAGAGAUCGAGCCGGCCGAGUUGUUUAUGACACUGGUCAUUCCGGCGUACAACGAGGAGGACAGGCUGACGGGCAUGCUGGAAGAGGCGGUAACUUUCCUCGAGACAGAAUAUGGGACAUCGUCUACCUUCGGCGCGGUGGACAAAGCAGCAGGACAAACACAGACGCAGGGGCCACGGCGCAGGAAAGCGAACGGCGCUACUGCUACGUCUGCUUCGCAGUCUAAGCAACAAGAACCCCUUCGAGGUUGGGAGAUCCUCCUCGUCGACGACGGCUCCACGGACGACACACUUCUCACGGCCCAGACCUUUUCUCGCAAACACAUCCUCCAUCCCCACCCGCGCCGUGACUCGGGUCCCUGGACGCAUCGAUCCCCGAUCGGUGUGAAGAUCCCCCCGGGCUCGAUCCGCAUGAUCUCGCUGGAAGAAAACCGCGGCAAGGGCGGCGCCGUGACGCACGGCAUGCGCCACGCCCGCGGCCAAUACGUCGUGUUCGCCGACGCGGACGGGGCAUCCAAGUUCUCCGACCUCGACAAACUGGUGCGGGCGUGCCAGGAGAUCGAAGACGCCGAGGGCCGGGGCAUCGCGGUCGGGUCCCGCGCGCACCUGGUGGACUCGGAAGUCGUGGUCAAGCGGUCGAAGCUGCGGAACUUCCUCAUGCGCUGCUUCCACCUGUUGCUCUGGGUCAUGACGCCGCCCGCCACGGCGCGGAUCAAGGACACGCAGUGUGGCUUCAAGCUGUUCUCGCGCCCGACGCUGCCGUACAUCGUCCCGCACAUGCACAUGGAAGGGUGGAUCUUCGACGUCGAGAUGCUCAUGUUGGCCGAGUUUGCAGACAUCCCCGUGGCCGAGGUGGCCGUGGGCUGGCGGGAGGUGACGGGCAGCAAAUUGAACCUGGUGAGAGACUCUCUCGGGAUGGCGUGGGGUUUGGCAAUAUUGAGGCUCUGUUGGGGCACAGGAAUCUUCCGGCGAUGA